CCGACUUCAAGCCCAAUAAUUUCAUGGCUGCCAUGGAAACACAUAACUUACCUUAGAUAGGUCAUGGGUUUGGGGUUUGGGAGCAAGUAGCCGUCUGCCAUUUCGCGUAAUUUCUUGAGCAGAAAUUAAUGUCGGCUUAUGAUUUCUUCAUCACCGAUCACCGAUCAAUAAAUUGCCCCUUCACCACUGUUCCGAUCCAACAUAAUUGAAGGACCGUUGACCUAGUUGGAGAUUCGGAGAUGAUUUCGGUGAGAGGGCUCGCCCGGUUGGCGAGGUCGGGCUACGCCCGUCGUCGAUGGGUCUACUCGUCUUUGGGGUGUAGCGGCAGCGCGCCGUUGCAGCUCGAGCAUUCCUCCCACUUUCGCAAUCCUAUUCAGUCUUCUCGAGAGGUUUUGGGUUGCAGAGUUAUUUAUUCUUGGGUGUCAAAUGCCAUUAGUACGGUUGGGCAACAGGUUCACCUUCAGAGCAGCUCUGCAGUUGAGGAGCAACUAGACCCGUUUUCUCUUGUUGCUGAUGAACUGUCGAUUCUUGCGGAUCGCUUGAGGUCUAUGGUAGUUGCGGAGGUUCCCAAGCUUGCCUCUGCCGCGGAGUAUUUUUUCAAAUUUGGAGUUGAAGGGAAAAGAUUCAGACCCACUGUCCUUUUAUUGAUGGCAACAGCUCUAGACUUACCAAUCGCAAGGCAAACAUCUGAGGUUGCAGUCAAUACUUUGUCCACAGAGUUGCGUACAAGACAACAGUGCGUUGCUGAGAUUACAGAGAUGAUCCAUGUUGCUAGCCUCCUCCAUGAUGAUGUGUUGGAUGAUGCUGAUACAAGGCGGGGUAUUGGCUCUUUGAACUAUGUGAUGGGAAAUAAGUUAGCUGUGUUGGCUGGAGAUUUCCUGCUAUCUAGAGCUUGUGUGGCUCUUGCUUCCUUGAAAAACACAGAGGUUGUCACACUCAUCGCUCAAGUCGUGGAACAUCUGGUCACUGGUGAGACCAUGCAAAUGACUACUACAUCUGAGCAGCGCUGCAGCAUGGAGUACUAUAUGGAAAAGACAUACUACAAAACUGCGUCACUAAUAUGCAAUAGUUGUAAGUCUAUUGCCCUUAUUGCUGGACAAACGGCAGAAGUUUCAAAUUUGGCUUAUGAGUACGGCAAGAACUUGGGGUUGGCAUUUCAGAUAAUUGAUGAUGUUCUUGAUUUCACUGGCACAUCAGCUUCCCUUGGGAAGGGAUCCUUGUCCGACAUUCGCCACGGGAUUGUUACUGCUCCUAUAUUGUUCGCUAUUGAGGAAUAUCCUGAGCUACGGAAGAUAGUCGAUCAAGGAUUUGAGAAGUCCUCAAAUGUGGACCGGGCUCUAGAAAUUCUAUCAAAGAGUAGUGGAAUUCAGAGAGCGAGAGAGCUAGCAGCAAAGCAUGCUAGGCUUGCAUCAGCUGCAAUCGACGCCCUUCCAGAAAACGAGGACGAGGUUGUGCAGAGGUCGAGGCGGGCACUUGUAGAACUAACGCAUAUAGUCAUCACCAGAACAAAGUAGAACAACUAUACAAUAUGAUUUUGAUCAUGUCGCAGUUGUCUAGGACAUUUUUCUCUAUUCUAUUUUUGGUUGCACCAGACAAGUGUUAAUUCGAUUGAUCGUUGCCCCCCGCCGGCAUUUCAUUACCAUGCUCCGAAUAAAAAUGUCUUCCAAUUGAAA